AUGAAUGGUAGCAAGAUUAUGUUGGGAGACAAAACAAGCUAUGAUGUUUUAGGCGUUGGAAUAGUGAAGAUCAAGAUGCAAAAUGGUGUUGUUAGGAGCUUUUAUGAGGUAAGGCAUGUACCAACACUAAGAAGGAAUCUUAUUUCCCUUGGUGCUCUAUAUAGAGAAGAGUAUUCUUACAAGGAAGAAGAAGAGAAGCUCUUAGUCACACAAAGGUUCGAUGGUGAUUAUGACAGGGAAGAUUCAACCUAA